AAAAUACGGCAGCGCCACUUGUCGAUUGACGUAUACAAGAAACUAUCAGCUGACCAUAACUGUCAGCACUAGCCACGUUCAAUUGUAAUAUAAAACCGUUUGUUAUUUACAAUAUGACAAGAAAUAAACAAUUGUAAGGUUUAUUUACAAAUAAUAAAAAUGCUGCGACCCUCGUUUACAGUAUUAUUUUCCGGUGCAUUUAUCGGCUAUAUUAUUUAUUCGAUUUACGGCAUAUCAUUAUUAUUUACGCCACCAUCAUGUGAACCUGGGAAAGCCUGCAUCAAAUCAUUUUUAAAUGCCGAUCCUCAGUUACAUCUUUAUCUUUUUACUUCUCCAUCAAGUAAACCUCUGUCCAAUGAUGCUUCACUUGUUCAUUCCAUGUUGAAUUUUGAUUAUACUAUUCCACAUACAAUGCCGCUGAGUUUAGAAAUUCUAGUAAAGACUCGGAAUAACGGUACCUUAUUUCUCCAUGUAAUAAUUGUACCAAAAUCGAAAACUCGUGGAAAUUCAUUCAAUGAAUUGCUCAAGGAUCCGCAUGCAGUGUAUACGCGCAUAAAGAUGACACAAUUUGCGGUCCCACAAGCAGAAACUUUUAAUUUGCUUGGUGACAAAAAAUCACCAGACGCUUCAAAAAUAAAAAAUAAUAAAAUAAAGACUGUUUCUCAUUUACGUACACGUAUUACUUUUACAUUAGUGACUGAUACGCCAGAACUGCCCGUUAAAAAUAUACCAGCCGAGCUUGUGCCAAAUAUAAGAUUAAUUGGAAAUAAUAUGUUUCUUCCAAUAAUUAAUUAUGACUUUUUACAAACACGCUACAAAGACCUGGAAACAAUUGUUGGUGACAGACGUUUCAUGAAUGUGACAGUAAUGUACACGCCGAUAUCAAUAGGAAAAUUAAGGUUGAUAUUACAUGUUAAAACAGCUAUGGAAGGUUUGAAAAAUUUAGGAUUCUCAGACAAAGAUGUUGAUGAAGUUAAGGGAAUUUAUGCAGAUACUAACGUUUAUUUAUUAGCCGGUACUAUUUUUAUUGCUUCUAUGCAUCUACUGUUCGAUUUCUUGGCAUUCAAAAAUGACAUCAGUUUCUGGCGUAGUAAAGGAAGCUUUGAAGGCCUCAGUGUUUCUACAAUAGUAUGGCGAGCGUUUAGUCAAGCGAUUAUAUUUUUCUAUCUGCUUGACGAAGGAUCAUCUUUAUUGGUACUGAUUCCCGCAGGAAUCGGAACUUUGAUCGAGCUCUGGAAAACUAAAAAAGUACUGCGAUUAGAAAUAGUUAGAUCUGGUGGAAUAAUUCCGAAAUUGAGACUGCAAAAAGAUGGCAAAAGUCAUGAAGAAGAAUCAAAGACACGCCAAUUUGAUGCUGAGAGCAUGAGAUAUUUAACUUAUUUACUUUACCCUCUUGUUAUUUCCGGUGCUAUUUAUUCACUGAUUUAUCAACCACAUAAGAGUUGGUAUUCGUGGAGUAUUAAUUCCCUUGUAAAUGGUGUGUACGCAUUCGGAUUUCUUUUCAUGCUUCCUCAAUUAUUUGUCAACUACAAGCUCAAAUCAGUUGCUCAUUUACCAUGGCGAGCAUUUAUGUACAAAGCAUUCAAUACAUUUAUUGACGAUGUAUUUGCAUUUAUAAUAACAAUGCCAGUUGCUCACAGAGUUGCUUGCUUUCGAGAUGAUAUUAUUUUCCUCAUUUAUUUAUAUCAAAGAUGGUUGUACCCAGUUGACAAGAACCGUCGAGACACUGUGACUAUAUCCGAAGACUUGAAUCCAUCCGUUGUUGAAAAUAAAUCCGUGGAUAAGAAAAAUAAUUGAUAUAAAAAAUACACGUCAAUUUAUAAUUAAAUAUUUGUGAUAAUUAUAUUUAUAUCUUUUUAUUAUUUUAAUAAUUUCAUUACAUAACAGUAGUGAUUCGACUGGAAUUAUGACGUGAAAUGUCUGGAGACUUGGGUCUUUCAGCUAAACAACGAAUCUGAAGUUGCAUUGAUGACUUGACUUUAUUUAAAAGUGUUUCUACCUUAGUAACAUCAAUCUCGUCGUUAUUUGGCAAUGCGAUAGCAUCCAAUGCUUCUUCGAAAAAAUUCCUAUUUUAAAAUAAAAAAAAAUGGUUAAAAAAAUUGAAAA